GCCGCGAGUCACUUGCGUUCACUCAAGCAGCAAGCAACAGCAACACAGAGCAAACAGAGGCGCCUAACGCCACAGAAAACACAUCACCACAGCAUACACAGCAGCAGCAUGAUGGAUGCCUCGCCCAGUAGCAUCACCGCGCUCGUGCCCAGUGCACCCGCCGGCAACCGCCGCCCACGCGCCCAGAGCAUGCAGCACUUCGGCGACAAUUGCUCGGUACCACGCGAGUGUUGCAGCUCCGGGUCUUUUGUGAGCAAACUGUACCGCAUGGUCGACACAGAGCCUUCCACGAUCGUUUCGUGGUGUCGAGGUGGCAGCGCGUUCUGCAUCGUAGACCCCAAAAUGAUGGCAGAGCACUGUCUACCCAAGUACUUCCGCCACCGCCGCUUCUCGAGUUUGAUCCGCCAGUUGAACUUCUACAGCUUCUACCGCGUGCAGGAGGGCCAGCUCACCAUCUACCAACACUCUUUCUUCCGGAAGGGCCGCCCCGACCUGCUCGUCCACAUCAAGCGACGCGGAGCUGGCAAGGCCAAAGAUCCGUGGUUCGACCCCCUGGCCAACACAAACAGCAAGGCGCCCGAGCAACACUCGCCGUCAGUCGUCCACUUGACCCCCAUGAGCGGCGCUCAGACGCCGACGUUGACGCCGACGCCUCUGGGCCUCGCCGCCUGCUACUCGCCCAUGGCCAAGCCUGUCGCUUUGGACAACAUGUCACCGGCACUGAAGCCCGCCAUGGUCAUGGCCUGUCCGCCCUCUGUUGACCUAGGUGGAUCGUACCUGAGCGACGGCCUGAUGAAGAAGGACAUGGACCAUGCGUACCCAUUGCCGUCGGCACUCAACAUGAAGAACGAGCUGCUUUUCGGCGACUUGAUGGACACGAGCUUGUCGCUCCCCAAGACGUCGAGCGUCUUGUCUGCGCCGUUGGACAUUGACAUCCAAGACUUUCUCACAGACGAUUGCAGCAUCACACCUGACCAAAUCGACGACCGAAUGUGCAGCGGCAUGAACCAGAACAAGUGCGCGAUGGUCUCGCGCGACUGUCUGAAGCUCGACGAUCCGCAGAGUCUGGAGCCGUCGCCUGUGCUGACGAGCCAGGAGGACAACGAGUCGGCGAGCUUUGAGGACGAGGUGCUGAUGGAUCUGGCCAAUGUGGAGCCAGGUGCUUGGGAAGUGCCACUGUCGCCGUUGAACGACGAGGAGGACGUGAUGCCGUGGCUGGACUUAUGCUUUUAGACAAGCAUGGAUGACGUACAGACCGACCGAUAGACGAAGACGUGAUGCUGAAUAUUUAUAACCCAGCGACGCUGCUCAGCCUAAGUCUGUCCCCUCCCGUCCACGAGAAGGCGGCCCCCCUUAUGGGAAGGUCCAAAACAAGGUUUCUUCAUCAUUCGUCCCCGUUAUGACUCCCAAGUGUCGUAGGAUGUAGGCAGGAAUUAAGUUAGCAAGUCA